CAAGCACAACCGGAAGUGUGGCAAGACGAGCUCGGAAGUGAGCUCAAGAGUCCACCAUAUUGUUGAGGGGCAAAAUACUGUUCACGCUGGGAAGGAGGAAAUAUGUCGGCUUCCUUGCUGAGAAAGGGUCUGGAGCUGCUUGAGGCGACAGGAGCAUCCUCUUCCCAGCCCAAGAAAGUGGCAUCCUCUGCCAGACCGACCAAGCAGUUGCUGAAAAGGUUGAGAAAGAAGAAGAAGCGGCUGGGGCCUGGAAGAAACAAGGCCACCGUCAAAGGCAAAGUGGUCAAAUCUGCUUUAGAGGAAUAUAGGAAACAUCAAGCUGUUGACCAUUUUGAGGAGAAUAUGCGGUACAUGAUGAGCAAUCACUUCGUUACAGACAACACUGUCACUAAAAAGAUUUUGGACCAAAACAGAGGGAGGAAAGCUAAAGACCGUUCCCAAGAGGAAGCAAAGAAAAAGCCUUCAGACACGGUAUUCACUGAGGAAGACUUCCAACGAUUUGAGAGGGAGUAUUUUGAGGGAGCUGGAAGAGUCUGACCAAAGAGACUGUUUCUCAUUGUUUACAGAUCCUUUUUGUGUGUUUUUGGGAUACAUAUUUUCAGAGGGUGCAGAACCUUUACAUCUGAUUUUUCAGUUAUCUAAUGUGUGAUUUUGCAGUUUGUCCUGUGUGCAUAGAAUCUUUAUUUCCCUAUCACCAGGAUGCAAACUGCUCAUUUACAUUUACUUGCUGCUGUAAUCUAGAGUAACUAGAUAGAAUGAAAUCUCCCAUCAUCGUAUAUCAGAGAGAAGCUGAUUGCCCAAUUUGGGAGCGAGGAAAGUCUUCUAGAGCAUAAGCACAGGACUCCCAAUUUGAUUCAAGAAACACAACACUGGAAUAUUAUGCCUAAAACAUAACCAAGUUGCUACUAUUUGGAAGUCUUUUAUAUGUACUGUAACAAGUACUGUGGCACUAGCCAAAAGAAAUGGGAAUCUGAAGUAGUUUCAUAAGAGUAGUAGCAUAAAUCCAGGUUUGUUGUUAUGCUUGUACUCUGCAGACUGAUGCAGAUUAUAGUUCCCUAUUAUCCGGUCAUGUGAAAAUACAUCAAUCUCAAUAUUGUAUUAAUAAAUGAGCAGUGUAGUACUUCUGCAGUCACUCAUCAAAUUAAAAUUGUCUUUUUAAAAAAGGUUCAUUUUUUAAGUAUUGGAAAACAAUGAUUGGUUAUCACACCUUACGUUGCAGACCUUUGGAAAGUGAGCAAGGUGUAGGCAUCGUGAUAUUGGGAGUAUACAGCCCUGGGAAGGAUGACUUUAAAAACAAACUCCAACCUCCUACAUAGUUUUGAUACCUUAAUAAUUGCUCUUUUCAUAUUAAGGACUCACUCAUGUUGGGAAGUAAUGAGUGCUCGGGCGUGGUUUUCAAAUGUAUGGUUCUUUAAUAUACCUUUAAUCAACCAGCAUAUUUAAUUAUAUGCUAGAAUUGCUGCACUGCAGUGUCUACAUUUUGUAUUUCAAUUUAUUCUAAGUGACUUGGGUCCCUCCAGGAUUACUCCACUUCCAGCUCAGUAAAACUGAGUAUGAAAACCUUUUAAGCUCAACUCUUUGCCACCAGUUGUAACGUUUUACAAAAGGAGCCAAGAUAAUUUUCAGGACACAAGGCAAGACAGUGCACAAAUUAAACUGUAUUGGAGACACAGCUAAAGAUGUUUGGUUCUGUUUGUAUUUCCUUCAUGUGGAUCAAAGCAAAGUUCAUUUAUGGUUGCAAUAAAUAAUUUGCCCAAAAGGUGGCAGAAACUUCAA